UCCCUUGCUUGUGUUCCUCACAACUCAGAACUCGAUCACAAAAUCUAAGUUUGAGAAAAGAAAAGAAGUAGGAGAGAUGUUCGGUCUGGGGCACAGGAGUCAGAAGAUAAAGGGAAAUUUGGUGAUUAUGCGAAAGAAUGUGUUGGAUAUAAACAGCCUCACCAGUGCCACAGGAAUCAUCGGCACUGGUAUCAACAUCAUUGGUUCUGCAGUUGACACCCUUACUAUUGUAGCCUCCAAAAUCUCCAUCCAGCUCAUUAGUGCUACUCAGUCUGAUGGCACCGGGAAAGGAAAAAUUGGAAAGGCUGCGAAUCUAAGAGGACAGCUAUCAUUACCAACGUUGGGAGCUGGCGAAGAAGCAUACGAUGUUAAUUUUGAAUGGGACAGUGAGUUCGGAAUUCCCGGUGCUUUUUAUAUUAAGAACUACAUGCAAGUCGAGUUCUACCUCAAGUCUCUUACUCUCGAAGACAUUCCAAACCACGGAACCAUUCACUUCAUAUGCAACUCCUGGGUUUACAAUUCUAAAUGCUACGACACUGAUCGCAUCUUCUUUGCCAACAAUACAUAUGUUCCAAGUGAGACACCAGGUCCACUUGUGAAGUACAGAGAAGAAGAAUUGAAGUAUCUAAGAGGGGAUGGAAGUGGAGAGAGGAAGGAAUGGGAUAGGAUCUAUGACUAUGAUGUCUACAAUGACUUAGGAAAUCCAGAUAAAGGAGAAAAAUAUGCUCGCCCCGUUCUUGGAGGUUCCACCUUACCUUACCCUCGUAGAGGAAGAACCGGAAGAGGAAAAACUAAGAAAGAUCCUAACAGUGAGAAAACAAGCGAUUUUGUUUACAUUCCAAGAGAUGAAGCAUUUGGCCACUUGAAAUCAUCAGAUUUUCUCACUUACGGAAUAAAAUCUGUGGCCCAAGAUGUCUUGCCCGUUUUGACCGACGCAUUCGAUGGAAACAUUUUGAGCCUUGAGUUUGAUAACUUUGCUGAAGUGCGAAAACUUUAUGAAGGUGGAGUUACCCUACCAACAAACUUCCUUAGCAAGAUCGCUCCUAUACCAGUGAUCAAGGAAAUUUUUCGCACGGAUGGCGAACAGUUCCUCAAGUAUCCACCACCUAAAGUGAUGCAAGUGGAUAAAUCUGCAUGGAUGACUGAUGAAGAAUUUGCAAGAGAAACGAUUGCUGGUGUAAAUCCUAAUGUCAUUAAGAUUCUUGAGGAGUUCCCACUACGAAGCAAGCUAGAUGCUCAAGCCUAUGGUGAUCAUACCUGUAUAAUAACAAAAGAACAUUUGGAGCCUAACUUGGGUGGGCUCACUGUUGAACAGGCUAUCCAGAACAAGAAAUUGUUCAUAUUGGAUCACCAUGACUACCUCAUUCCAUAUUUGAGGAGAAUAAAUGCAACUGCCACAAAGGCUUAUGCUACUAGAACCAUAUUUUUCUUGAAAAGUGAUGGAACUUUGACCCCAUUGGCCAUCGAGUUGAGCAAGCCACAUCCUCAAGGUGAACAAUAUGGUCCUGUUAGCACUAUCUAUGUACCUUCCAGCGAAGGGGUCGAAGCUUAUAUUUGGUUACUGGCAAAGGCUUAUGUUGUUGUGAAUGACUCCUGCUACCAUCAACUCGUUAGCCAUUGGCUAAACACUCAUGCGGUUGUUGAGCCAUUCAUCAUAGCAACAAAUAGGCAUCUGAGCGUGGUUCACCCUAUUUAUAAGCUUCUGUUUCCUCACUAUCGUGACACCAUGAAUAUUAAUUCACUUGCCCGCAAAGCCCUAGUCAAUGCAGAUGGUAUUAUAGAGAGCACAUUCUUGUGGGGUCGGUAUGCUUUGGAAAUGUCCGCUGUGAUUUACAAGGACUGGGUUUUCACUGAUCAAGCACUACCUGCUGAUCUUGUCAAGAGAGGAGUUGCUGUUAAGGAUUCAUCUGCCCCCCAUGGUGUCAAGCUUUUGAUUGAGGACUAUCCUUAUGCUUCUGAUGGGCUAGAGAUAUGGGCUGCCAUCAAGUCUUGGGUGGAAGAAUAUGUCUCAUUCUACUACAAGUCAGAUGAGGCACUUCAACAAGACCAUGAACUCCAAGCUUGGUGGAAAGAACUUGUAGAGGUUGGUCAUGGUGAUUUGAAAGACAAGCCAUGGUGGCAAAAGAUGCAAACUCGUGAAGAGUUGGUUGAAGCUUCUACUACCCUCAUAUGGAUUGCUUCAGCCCUUCAUGCAGCUGUUAACUUUGGACAGUAUCCAUAUGGAGGUUACAUCCUCAACAGGCCAACUCUUAGCAGGAGAUUCAUGCCUGAGAAAGGGUCUGCUGAGUAUCAAGCCUUGGCUAAGAACCCUGAGAAGGAGUUUUUGAUGACUAUCACUGGCAAGAAAGAGACCCUCAUUGACCUCACAGUUAUAGAAAUCUUGUCAAGGCAUACAUCUGAUGAGUUCUACCUUGGGGACAGAGAGGGUGGUGACUACUGGACUUCUGACGCUGGGCCUUUGGAGGCCUUCAAGAGGUUUGGAAAGAAGCUCGCAGAGAUUGAACAAAAGCUUGCACAGAAGAACAGUGAUGUGACACUGAGAAACCGCACUGGGCCAGCUAAAAUGCCUUACACUUUGCUAUUUCCUUCUAGUGAGGAGGGAUUGACUUUCAGAGGAAUUCCCAACAGUAUCUCUAUUUAGAGAGACUAUGGUUGCUCAACUAGUGUCCCUAUUUUUAAAUAAAUGUGAAAUGGAGGGAAUCUCAUUCCUUCUUCCACUUAUGUAUGGUUUAAGUUAUGUAUUUGAAUGGGUUGAAUGUUUUCGUGCUUGGUAUUAAUAUAAAGAAAGUUGCGUUUGUAUAAUGGAAAAGAAAAUACUGAAGGCAAUCAUGCAUGUUUGAACAA